GCUGUGCUCACCGCGACGCUUUUGAUCACCGCGCCUCCAGGACAUAUACACAUAUUACGCCGCAAUCCCCUCCCUCCAGCUUUCGCGACCCAGAAAUUCCAAAAGCCCCAUUGAACAAACCAGGAAGUCAAGUACAGGAAUAAUAGAAAUCAUGGACCACAGCAGCCCAUCCUACGAACCCUUUCCAGCCCUAGAUUCCGCCCCCACAACCCCACAACACGACCACGAUGCGCCUAUACCCACAAGCUCGGAUAUCGCCACAUCAACAUCAGAGCCCUUUUCAGUGCACUACGAAGGCCCUCUCUACACGGAAAUAAACAUUCCACUCCCCCGUAUCACAGCACCGCGCACCACAUCCCCAUCGACAUCAAACCAGCCACCAUCAACCAACCUCUCCAUCUCCUCACCACCGGAAAAACAACGCGGACGCUCCCGCACCCUAUCCUCACUGUCUCCCUUCCGCCAUCGCAGCUCCUCAUCUGCAUCUACGUCUGCGUCUGUGACAUCGCCCACCUCACCCACCUCCCCUCGCUCCAGCACAAACAGCGAGGACUGGCCCCGCAUCCGAAAAGACGUAGUCAAAUCGCGAGAAGUAAACGCGAUGAUGAAUCUACGACACCACAGCAAGAGGGGCAGGAGUGGCACGAUUGAUGCGCUGGCGGUUGUGCCAGCUGUUUUGGUGUUGAGUGCGGAGUUGUUUACGCCGGGGGGUGAGGAGGUGGCAGAGGGAAGGAGGAAGGAUAGUGGGGUGGGGAGGUGGGAGGAGGGUAUUAGAUGAGGGAGGUUGAGAGGAUGGGGAUGAGGGAUGAGCUGGAUUGUGAGGAGUCAUUGAUGUAUUGUAUUUGUAAGGUGAUGCUUCUGUACUAGAUGGUAUGGGGUUGAUUGGAGAUUGGAGGAUGGAGGCUUCCUCCAGAGGUUUGUAAUUCUAUCAGAGCUUAGACGGUUUUAUUUAGUUAGAGAAGCCUGAUGUGCUCUAGCGUUAUAAUGGAUGAUAAGUAGAGGGGAGGAAUUGCCCUCGACGAUCGGGGGAGUAUGGUAGUAAAGAGUGCUUCAUAGCCCAAUGUACCAUGGAAGAGCGACCACACCAAAACCUAAUCACAGUAACAUCUGCACAA